ACUAAAAUAAAUAAAAAUAGUCAAUUGCUUCCAGUUCUAAGAACUCCGGUCUGCCGCCGAUUUCGUUUCUCUUUCACCGGUUCUCGCCUACCGACGUCUUCCUUCCAUUCUUUCUCUCAUCUGAUAACCAACCUCCACAUGUCUCUCUCGUCGGACUCCACCGUUCCUACUGUUUCCACGGUCACCAUAUCCUACUCAGAGCUCAAGGAGAGCAACAUAGAUUUGUCUGCAAGGAUUGAAGAAGGAUUUGGACCUAAUGGACUUGGAAUCCUCUCUGUUAAAGAUGUUCCUGGAUAUUCUGCUUUAAGACAGAAUCUACUUCAGCUUGCACCUAGGUUAGCUGGUCUUCCUGAAGAGGUGAAGAGGGAGCUUGAAGAUCCUCAUAGUAGGUAUAAUUUUGGUUGGAGUCAUGGCAAGGAGAAACUUGAAUCCGGGAAGCUUGACAUGCUGAAGGGUUCUUACUAUGCUAAUCCUCUACAAGAUGUACCUACGAGUAAUUCAUAUGAAAUACAGCGGUAUCCAUCGUAUUGUGGAUCAAAUAUAUGGCCAAGGAAUUCUUUACCGGAACUUGAAGGAGCUUUCAAAGCUCUUGGUAAACUGAUGUUCGAAGUUGGGCUAAUGGUAGCUUACCACUGUGAUCAAUAUGUGUCAAAGGGUAUAAAACAACAUGAAAAGCAAAAUCUUGAAAAGAUACUACUUGGCUCUCGGUGUCACAAAGGACGGCUGCUUUAUUAUUUCCCUGCACAAGAGAGCUCUACGCAUGACAACGAUUCCAUCUCAUCUUGGUGUGGAUGGCAUACAGACCAUGGUUCACUCACAGGUCUUACUCGAGCAAUAUUUUCUAGAGAUUCAGUUGAAGUACCUUGCCCAGAUCCUGCUUCUGGCUUAUACAUACAAACACGAUCAGGUCAGAUCGUUAAGGUUGUGUAUGGGGAAGAUGAAAUAGCAUACCAAAUAGGCGAGACAACAUCAAUUCUGUCUAGUGGUUAUCUUUGUGCUACACCUCAUUGUGUUCGGGCGCCACAAGGAGAAGAGGCGCGUGGUCUAGAGCGAUCGACAUUCGCGUUGUUCAUGCAACCUGACUGGUAUUAUUCUGAAACUAAGAUAAGUAGAUAACUUUUGAAAUGAUGAUAACAUUGAUAAAUUUGUGACGAUUUUUUCGUUAUACAAAAGUUAAUAGCAACGAAAAAUGUGAAUGUGGUUGUUUUAGGGACCAGAAGCUUACAUUCCCAAAAGAAGUUACAAUACAUGAAGAGUUAUGUCUCUCUGAUGAAGUCUUGACGUUUGGAGAAUAUACAGAGAAACUGCUCAACAAAUACUAUGAUACAAAACCUUAGUAGCCUUUUAAGUUAUAUGUGUAAAUGACGAUUCCAUUGGUGUAAGAAAAAUCUCACCAAAUUAGUACGUUAGAAGUGAAAUUUGGUUUCAGUUUAAACCAUAUAGAAAUUACAGAAGUACAAUUAUUGGUUUGGAUUCUGUUCCAUGUACAUUACAAUGAAUUUGGUUCAAUGUUAUGGGAGAACAUACAAAUACUACA